CUUGUGUGCACUGAAGCAGGGCUCAAAGUGCUCUUAUUUGCCUGUCGGGGUAUUUUGUCUGCCUUUUUUCCAGCCGUUGUGUCUAAGGAACAUGGCAGCAGAUAGGACCCAGCAGACAGACUUGGCAAUCCUCACCUGUCCGUAGCCGCUUUUUUGAGCUUUUCCGCACCUGAAGCUGACCGUAACGGAAUACCGUUAUCUGGUUUGUGUUCUCCCGCUCCAUAAACUCAGCGCUGCCUCGGCAGAACGCGAUGCGGUCGCGGUGCGUGCGCGCUUUGUUACUCGCCUCCUUGGCGCUGCUCUUCUCAUCCUCCUCCUCCUCCUCCUCCUCCGGCGCUGAGGUCGUAUUCCGCUGUCCGAGCUGUACGGCGGAGCAGCAGGCGGCGUGUCCCAAACCCCCGACCCCAUGCACUGAGCUGGUGCGGGAGCCGGGAUGUGGCUGCUGUCCCGUGUGCGCGCUGCAGCUCGGAGAGCCGUGCGGGGUUUACACGGCGCGCUGCGGAAGCGGCCUGCGCUGUUCCCCGAGCGAGGGCGCCGAGAUGCCGCUGGACGAGCUGGUGAAGGGACUCGGGAGCUGCCAGGUCAGAACCGAUAAUACGGACACGCACGAUGAGCGCGACCUCGAGUCCGAUUACGCAGAGCCAUAUGCAACUAGGCCUCCGAUUCCGAGGAAGCCAAACAGAGAUGCCAACUACUGGCACAUGAGGGAGACUAUGGUCAAGCAUCACCAGAAUGAGCAGAAGACCAGGAUGAUGAAUCGUGUGGAUGAGCCCAAAAACCCUCGUGCCAGAAUGAGUCAGUGUCAGCAGGAGCUGGAUAAGGUGCUGGAAGAGAUCUCUAAAAUGACCUUCCAUGACAACAAGGGACACCUGGAGAACCUGUAUGAGCUAAAGUUUCCCAACUGUGACAGUAACGGACAAUAUAAUGUAAAACAGUGCCACAUGUCCACCCAUGGGCAAAGGGGUGAAUGCUGGUGUGUGAACCCCCACACUGGUGUCCAGAUUCCCUCCUCCAUCAGAGUGAGGGGUGACCCCAACUGCAGCCAGUACUACAGCGGACCUGAGCUCAAGUCCACUACCAGCCUGUACAAAUAGAUGUGGAUGAGUGGAGCGACAGAACAACAAGAGACAAAGCUAGAGAGACAAGUGUGCAAGCAUAUACUUUUAUGUGUCUGUAUGUGGAACUUAUUUCAGACCUGUUAUAAUUUGCAUUUUUAUCUUAUGAAAUAACACAAUAGAAAGCACCACAUUCAGACAAAGGUGAACUACAUAUAUGCUACAUUUACUGACAAUAGACUGGUGUUGUGUGUUCGUAUUAUAGCCUGUACUUUAACACAGUUAGUUUAAACAGGCUCUUCUCAUCCUGUGACUAUCUUCUAGUGUAGCUGCAGUACAAAUCCCAGUAUGUAACAGUUUGUGCAGCUUCCUCUAUUUGGUCCCAUUCCCAACUUCCUUUUAGAGCCAGGCUAACAUAAGCUACAACCACUCCUGUGCUGCUGCUUGUCUAACACUAAACAUGCACCAAAGUAGGAAUGCUAAAGUAUAAUUUUAAGCAGUGUCCUGCUAACAAUGUACUUUAUUUGCAUGGAUUUGUUUUCUAUGUUUGUCCCUCCUUUUUGUGGUUUUUCCAUGUGCACGGACACCAUCAGCGCUGUUUACUUGUAUUCAAAACCGCCUCCUCUCUUUGACUCACCUUACCGAACCAUGUGGAGCUGCAUGCUCUGUACUGGCCUUGUCUAGUGUCUGCGGGGUGUCCACAGGGUUACUCAGUGCACAAUUGCGUGUGUGUAUAUAUGUGUGUGUAUCCGAGUGUAGCCAAAGUUGGCAGCUGAUGGACUUCUCCUCCUAUUCUCUCCAUCCAGUCAUAUGGGAGAAAAUACGGGUGGAGCGGUAGGUUUAGGAGCAAAAAUGGUUACUAAUGAUGUGCUGACAGAGGUCAAGAUUAGGACACAAAGCUGACACUGACAAAUGCAAUAUUAAGUGGUUUAAGUACCUAUAAAUAAACACAGGUUUGCAAAUAUAUGCCUGCAAUGCAGAUGGACUGUACUUUACAUUUUGCUAUUUCACAUUUCCCAUGACUGGGGGUGACUGGAGGGCCCGUUUGGCAUUUGGAAGAUUUAGUGGUUGGUUUAGGGGGGUCUCGAGAUGUGUGAAAGGAUGCCAAUUGGUGCACAGGUUGAGGGGGGCUGCUAAGCUUGCCGUGUCAGGAGCUUUCCCACCUGGUGUGAUUUGUUUAGUGUAAAUGUUGCAUGCUAGGGCAGUGAUUGUCCUUGAAAGCUAUAGUUACAUUUUUUUCGGUCUGUGAAGUACGAUCGUGCUUGUCUGUCUGUCUUUCCAUCUUUGUCUCUCUUGUUCUCCCUUUCUGUUUCUCUCUCUUUCUCUCUCUCUCUCUGAGUGUAGCAUUGGACAGAUUAAAUAGACAGGAUCCAUAAAUAGCAGCUGAGAUUAAGCUGAUCGAUUGUAAACAAAUGGUGCGUAGGCCCAAGAGCUCGGCUAAAAAACUGUUCUACUCUGUUUGGAGAUUUCUGUGAGCUUUGCCUCUCAGAUAACAUAUUAACCUUCACAAGCUCACAUGGUGUUGCCAUGUCCAGCUCGCCUUUAAAAUUAGCUUUCAUAGAUUUUCUUUUUUUAGAGUGUAUUAUGGUGCUACAGCCUGGCUCUCCUAAACCCUGCUCCCCCCAUGUGGGGUUUUGGGGCCAGCACAUAGGCUGCUGAGACUCUGGCUACGAGUUUUCCAUUUGGGCUGGCUUCCAAAAUAGAUUACUGCCUCCCCUCUGGUGGUACAGUAAAUUUUAUGGUAGUUUGAGUCUGACCUAGUUUGAAAACAAAGCAAAACCAAUUCCUGUGGUUUUUUAAGCAUAUUGAUUUGCCAGAGCUGUGCUGAAGGAGUGAAAGAAUUUGGUUGUGUGUGUGCAGAGGGGGUUGCUGUGCCAUGCCUGUAGCCAGAGGACAGAGGGAAGUGGUGUUUGCCAUCUGCUGCAGUGUAAAAAUGUCAGAGCUGCAUGCUGUUUGGACAGCUUCGGACAGGCGACAGGAAUUUCUUAAGCAAAUCCUACACAGCACACAAUGUACUAGCCUCGCACACUUUCACUUUUUACAUUUUUUUCUUGUUGUUGUUGUUGUUGCAUCGCAUGCCACCGAGUAUUGGGAGGCACACCAGCAUCAGAUAGUAAAGUUUACUGGUAACCACUAAUGCAGCAUGCUUCUUGUAUCUUUUCUCAUUGGAAUUAAAGUGCCUGCUUGCAAUUCAGAAAGGGAUUGUGAAAGCCAUACAUGCAUGCCAACCAACAAAGAUAUUUUUAAAGGCCUGUAAUAAAUGACAAUAUGAUUAAACAUGUUACUUUCA